AUGGGAAGGUCAAACGUACCGGACACUGUGGAACAGGAAGUUCGCAUGCAUGUUCGUCGUCUGCACUCGCAUCCGUCCAUUGUGAUUUGGGCCACAGACAACGAGGUCAAGCAAGCUAUCAAUGAUGGUUGGUACAAAAAGCCCAGAGACAGAAUUCUAAUGGACAACUUCAAAAAACUGUUUGUGGACUCCGUAAAAGAAGCAGUUCAGAAAGAGGAAGGACCAAAACGGAUGGACCUAGUCCUAGCAAGAGAGGGCACAAAUUCACAUGAACCGCGUCGUUGUUUAAUUUCAUCACCAAGCAACGGACGGUUGACUGAAGAGCUCGAAGGUUUGGAUCUUCAUCCCCAAGACCCGCACUACGGAGACGUUCAUUUCUAUACGUAUUCGGGAAAUUUGUGGUCAGAGCGUAGUUAUCCAAUCACUCGAUUUACCUCGGAAUUCGGCAUGCAAUCACUUCCCAGUCCGUUAGCAUGGAAUCGUUCCUUGCGCACUGAUUCCAUCCAGGGAGCAGAUUGGGAUAUUAAUGGACCAUUGGUUGCACAUCGACAGCAUCACAGUUUGGGCUUGGGACUGUUCCAACUAGCAGUGGAACAUCUCGGAGAACCAGUCAAAGUUUCGGAUCCCGUUAUGCAGUACAGCAGAUGGGCCUAUUUGACACAAGUGAAUCAACUAAUGUCUUAUCGAACGCACAUCAAUCUCUUGAUGAGACACCAGUGUCAGUUAGUUAGUGCUGGCGGGUUGGUGGAACCGGCGGUGGAACGAACAAGUAUGGGCGCAAUCUACUGGCAACUGAACGAUGUGUGGUCUGCACCAACCUGGUCCACUUUGGACGCAGCCGGUCAGUGGAAAAUGGCUCAUUACGGUGCAGUUCGUGAGUGUUUUGCAAAUUUUCCCACCGGUCGUCUUGUCGCCCAGUUCCUUUCCGGAAUGCUCCAAGUUGAUUGGAUCCCACCUACCCUACCGGAAAGUAUGAUCACCCGGCCAGAUACAUUGGGAAUUCGGUGCAUGACGAUAGAACGGUUCCAAACUACGAAUCAAUGGGAUCAGAACAUCGCUUGGGAGUCACAAAAUAUUUCCUGUCCGGUCCCAAUUAUGUACACCUCAAUCAACGAUGUGGUUAACCGUUGCAGGAUGACUAAUGUUAACCGGAAUCUUGCAUUCAUUCACUUUUUCAUGAUCCGUGGCGGAAAAGUAGUACCAACUGGUGGGACAAUUUCACCAUUCAAUCUCCCCGCAAAAAUUCCCUUUUGGCCAGUACAAUCUGGUUAUAAUGGUAUCAAGAUUGAGGACGUAAAACCGAUAGAUACCGUGCCAAAUUCAUUACAGUGGCCAAUGCCAUGGAAACCGUCCGAUUCGUUCCAACUGCAAGUGAGAUCUAGUUCGCCAGAGCUGUUUGUUUGGCUCGAACUGCAUCCCAGCUUGGAUGUUCAAUAUUGGUUUGAUGAGAACGCCUUUCAUCUGCUCGACUCAACCAGUCGGACAGUGUAUUUGUUUGUCCUGACCGAUCAUCCAGUCAACGUAUCACAAAUCAAGUCCGCUCUAACAUUCCACUCACUUUCUACCAUGCGCCAACCAAAAGCGAUUUCGGACAGUGGGUUGUUGUAA